GGAAGUUUCUAUUAACAUGUAAUCAAGCCUUCGGUCACCCUACCACCGUUCUCCUGGUCCUUGGAUUAUAGUAACCGAGCCAGACCUUGAUCUCGCAAGGACGUGGCGCGAUCGAGGUCUCCAAAUCAUCGUCAAGCUGGCAAGUAUCCAGCUUACGCCGGAGAAGCCCGAGUACGCAGGCGGUAGUUGGCACAUUGAGGGCAUGUUGAACGAGCACAUCGCUGCGACCUCAAUCUACUACUACGAUGUUGAGAACACUACCGAGUCACGUAUCAGGUUUCGGCAAGAAGCCGAGCUUGAUUACGGGGAAAUCUCAUAUGCGAGAUCUUCGGCACCGACUCGCUUCGCGAUGAACCCGCCGUGCAAGAACUCGGUAGCACCGCCACUCCUCAAGGCCGUCUUCUAGUCUUCCCGAACACGCUACAACACUGCGUCCAGCCUUUCCGUCUCCAAGAUCCUUCCAGGCCUGGCCAUCGCCGCUUCGUCGUCAUGUGGCUGGUCGAUCCACACUAUCGCAUUGCCUCGAUGUGCCUCCGCAGCGACACGAUUGGUGGGCGCCCGAGGGGUAUCAUAAGGCUGGAAUCGAGGAGCGGUUACCGGCCGAGCUUGCGGAUAUGGUAGCAGAAGAAAUGGGAGAAUGGCCAAUAGGCAUGGAGGAGGCAAAGAAGCUGCGACUUGAGCUUAUGGAUGAGAGGACUAAGCUGAUGCCUUUGGUUGAGGCUAAGUUCGAUAGUUACAACUUCUGCGAGCAU